AUGACUAGCGAGAGAGGAAGACCAGACCGCCAACUGAGGCAACCAGACUCUUCUCGCGAUAAACUCAUGAGGCUAAAGCGUCUGAGUCCUCAGGAAGAGCUCAGAGCCAUGGCAGAAGCAACCGCAGCCGUGAUUCGGGUACGCAGAAGGGAACCCGAAUCGAUGCUUAUCUGGGGCGACCGCAGAAAGGCUGUCAUCAAGCGCUUCCCCGAUGGCGGUGUUGAGAUAAUAGUUCCACAGAACCUUACGCCUGAACAAGAGCAGUACGAAUUCCCACCACGAUCUCAAUUCCUCAAGCAGUUAUCCACUGCCGAGAAGCGAAAGAUGUCCGCACAGACAGAACCUACUCCUCCAUCUUCAUCUACCUCUUCCUCUUCAGGCUCAUCGGUCAUGACCGUCCCAUUCCAACAAUCUCAGUCCGUCGAUCUUGAUCAGGCAACUAUUAGCGAAUGGCUAAAUGCCCAACAAAAAGAAAAGGCUGAGCGCCAGCAAAUAGUCCCAAUCCUUCUUACACCCAGCACUUCAAAACGAUCCAAACGAAAUCCUCUUCCGCCCAAACCUAGUCCAAAGUGUGUGCAACCAGUACGCACCCAGACAGACCAACAGAGCCCAGAGUGGCUACCAGAUGGCACACUGCACCUCCAGAGUCAAGCAGGUAAACGUUGGACAACUCCAGCUGAGCCUCCACCACAGCCAGCACCUUCAAAGCACUACGUUUCCAAGAAGCUUCUUAUUUCUGCCCGUACAAUUAUUCCACCACCUUCACGACAAUCAAUUACCUCUCCACGCACCCAACCAGUCAAUGUGCGCACCUCCCGCGCACCAUCCAUCACAUCUCCCCGUGUACAACCAUUUAACUCGUGUGCGCGUCCUAUUACUUCACCUCGUGUGCAACCAGCCACCUCACGUACACCGUCCAUCACUUCUCCUCGUGUACAGCCAUUCAAUUCACGUCCUCCACCACUUACAUCUCCUCGCAUCUCUGCCAUUACUGUCCGCACUUCACCACCUGUGCCAACACCCCGUCUUCGUCCUCGACAACCCUCUGACGCCAAACCUACUCCAAAACCUUCUACCCCCACACCACUUUCGAGUAUGGUAGAGAGAACACAGUCUGCAAAAAAGACAAUUGUUCAUCAGCACAUGCGCAUUAGCGAACGCGGUAAUCAUCUUGCACGACUUCAACAACAGCAACAGGCAGUGACAGCGACAGCAACAGCGACGGCAACAGCGACAGCGACAACGACGACUAAAAUAAACGAGUCCCAGGAUUUGUGCACCAAAAAAGAUGCAUCUUUCUCGUCUGGUUACCUUGCCAAAGACAUGUAUAUAAUGAAAGCAAGCGCUUAA